AUGGCUAACAAAGCUGCUCUCGUCGUUCCGGCGAUCAAGAAGCACACGGCAACGGUCAUCAUGGCGCAUGGCUUGGGUGAUAGCGGUGCUGGCUGGGUAUCCCUCGCCGAGUCCUGGCGCAGGAGAGGGAAGUUCGAAGAUGUGAAAUUCAUUUUUCCAAAUGCACCCAAUAUCCCUAUCACAGUGAACAUGGGCAUGCACAUGCCAGGAUGGUACGAUAUCACAAACUUUGACGAUCUAAAACAAGCACACGACGAAGUGGGCAUCCUGCGCAGUCGAGGCGUCUUCACCAAGUUCAUUACGGACGAAGUCGCCGCAGGCAUCCCUUCGAACCGCAUUAUCCUCGGUGGCUUCUCGCAAGGCGGCGCGAUUUCACUCUUCACCGGCCUCACCACACCCCACAAACUCGGCGGCGUGUUCGGUCUGAGUUGUUACCUGGUUCUCGGGGACAAGAUCAAGGACUUUGUCAAAGAAGCCUCGGAGGCUAACAAGGACACACCCUUUUUCAUGGCACACGGUGACGUUGAUCAGGUGGUCAAGUUUGCUUGGGGUCAACAGACGUCGGAGGUUUUACAGAAGGAGCUGGGUCACAAGGUCGACUUCAAAGUGUACAGGGGCCUUGGCCACUCUGCGGACAUGAAGGAGAUUGAUGAUUUGGAGAAAUUCAUCAAGGAUUGUUUACCUGCCAGUGAAGCCUUGUGA